AAACUAGUUUGGUUGGAUAAUUUUCUAUCAUUCUUUUUAAGUUGUACUCAACUUUAAUUAUUUUUUCAGUGAAAAUGGUUAUUGUUAAAUUUAUAUUUCUGAGAGAAAAUAUAAAAAAUAAUAAUAGUUACAACAAAAUCUAAGACCAAACAAUAAAUUCGUAUCUCCCUAUCCCGGAUAACCCUAAACCCCUUUUGCCAAUGGUGAAGAGUCCGCUGUCUGUGAGUCUCAAUUGUUCGAUCUCUAUCUCGCCUAACAGGCUGAAUCAGAAGAAGAUUGAGUUGAGGCAAUGGAGAAUGGCGAAAGUUUGAGAGCUAAUUGGACUCCAUCUCAGGACACCUAUUUCAUUACCCUUUUGAUGGAACAAGUUAGAAAAGGGAACAAGACUGCUCAUGGGUUCAAAAAGCAGUCAUGGGCUGACAUGAUUGUGCUGUUCAAUUCAAAAUUUGGGUUUCACUAUGAUACUGAUGUUCUAAGGAACCGAUACAAAAGAUUGAGGAAGCAAUAUAAUGAAAUGAAGAGUCUUGUUAAUCAAACUGGGUUUAAGUGGGAUGAUUCAAUGCAUAUGGUAAGAGCUGAUGAUAAGGGAUGGAGUGAAUACAUUAAGGCCAACCCGGAAAUGCAACCAUACAGAAUGAGAGUUGUGCCAUAUUAUAAUGAGUUGUGUAUAAUAUGUGGGCAUGCUGUUGCUGAUGGAAGAUACAGUCUCUCGUGUUUCGAUUUGGACUUUGAAAAUGAAGGAUUGGAAGCUAUGAAUUCCACAAAGGAUGAUCCUAAAAGAAUUGAUUGGUCAGAGUGUAUGGAACAGUUUUUUACUGAACUAUUGUUGGAGCAAGUUCAUAAGGGGAACAAAAUUGGACGAGUCUUCAAGAAGAAAUCAUGGGUUUGCAUGAUCUCAUCGUUCAAUUCCAAAUUCGGUGUCCAGUACAGUAGAUAUGUAUUGAAAAAUCGUUACAAUAUACUUAGAAGGCAUUACAAUAACAUACAGAUUCUGCUUAGCCAAGAAGGUUUUAAGUGGGAUAAAGUACAGAAGAAAGUGGUAGCUGAUGAUGUGAUAUGGGAUCAUUAUGUGAAGGAACACCCCAACUUCCAAACGUACAGAAACAAAGCAAUGGCAUUUUAUACUGAUAUGUGUGCCAUUUGCCGAAAUGAAGGUACUUUGAGAAAAGAGCGAAAAGAUCCACCGAGUUGCAGCACACCAAUUUUAAAAAAGGAAGCCACAGAGGAGAAAGAAAGUGGGGAUCCAAUGCCUACUAUGAACAAGACUGGUUCACAUGAAAAGAAAAGGGGCCACCUUGAGGUUACACCAACUUCACAAACCUAUGAACUAGAGCAGAGAAUCGACGAAAAUGAUGUUGGAGAUUCUUUUAUAGAGAUGGCAGCUGCAGUAUCAUCUUUCACAAAGAAACAGAAGGAAGAGAAACCUGUGUCAAUAGAGAAUGUAAUAAGAGUUCUGCAGUCUAUUCCGGAUAUUGAUGAUGAUUUGCUACUGGAUGGUUGUGACUUUUUAGAAGAUGAAAAAAGAGCCAGGAUUUUUUUAGCUUUGGAUUCAACCCUUAGAAAGAGGUGGUUGAUUAGGAAACUUCGUCCACAAUAAUAAUCUCUCCAACAUUGAUAACAGUCAUAAAAAAAAUGUAUAACAGGCCUUUCCUAUUGUUUUAUUCUUAGGCGCCAUGAUAUAGCCUCAUAUGUAAUAAACAUCAUUUUAUAUGCCUCUGUUAUUGUUUUUGCCAAAUUUAA